UCGGUUAUUCAUACUGUUAAUUGAGGCGUAUUGGAGCCAGAUAUAUGUUUUUGGUAUUUUAUAUUAAAAAGGGCAUAUUAAGUGCAAAAAAUCGUAGAAUUUUAAGUAAACAAUGAAAACAGGGGAGAGUUCGAGUUCUACUAGUGAAUCUAGUGAUAAUAUUAGUGCUUAUACUAGUGAUUCAGAUGAACCAGAUAAUGUGGACAGGAAAAAAAGAGAAAUUGCAUGGUGUGGCGUCGACACGGAAAACCACCCUUUCUACUCAACAUCAGCGGCAUCUAGUAGCAGGACGACGCGCGGGAAAUCGCAGACGCCCUGGGCGUCAUAUCGGAUGCAAUUGUUUUCGAAAACAAAACACAACCUGGCCAUUUAUCCGGAUGGUACCGUAAAAGGCACAAAGGACGACAAUGACCUUCACACAUUUAUGGAGCUAAUGCCUGGCGGUGGACCGGGUUUGGUUAAAAUUCAAGGAAUGUUGACAAAUUUAUUUGUUGCUAUGAACCAUAGAGGGAAACUAUAUGGUGAACGCGAUCCAAGUAGUCAGAAAAUUAUAUUUAUAGAAGAAUUCCAAGGUUCUUAUACCACAUAUAAAUCCAAAAGAUAUGAAAGAAGGAACUGGUAUAUCGGAAUAAAAAAGAAUGGCAACUUCAAAUCUGGCAGAAAAACUAAGUACGGGCAGAAAGCAAUCAGUUUUUUGCCUAGAAGAAAAAGGUUUGAAUAAAAAAUUACGAUGCAAGGAAUUUUAAGUAUUAUGUUUAACUUUUUAGAUGUUAAAAUGCAUUUUACUACCUUUAAGUAUUAUCUAUUAUAUCUACAUAGUACAAAAGAUUAGAUUUAUAAAUAUUUUUGUAUUAUACAAAAAAUAAAGUAUUUAAUCAAUAGUAAAAUAGUUUUGUUUCAAAACCAAUACGUUAAAAUUAGAUCGUUUGAUUUUUUUCUUAAAACGUCAACAUUUAAGUUGAGUGUG